UCCAGAAGCAACACCACUACUACAGACACUUUUGGACCGACAAGGACCGAACAUGUUCCGGGCUCUGGAUGCUGCGCUCACGGUGCUACUGGCCGCUUCGCUCUCUUGGCGGAGCACCGUGGGAGGCUACGGUGGUGGUGGUGGUGGUGGUGGAGGCAUGGCUCUUUUCGCUGCUCAAACCUCACCCCCGGACCCCUGCUACGACGAGCACGGCAACCCUCGCCGAUGCAUCCCGGACUUUGUGAACUCGGCCUUCGGUAAGGAGGUGAAGGUGUCCAGCACCUGCGGGAGGACGCCCGGUCGCUACUGUGUGCUCAGCUCCGCGGAGAAGGUGGACGAGAGAACCCGGAACUGUCACACCUGCGACGCGUCUGACCCCAAGAGGUACCAUCCUCCGGCUUACCUCACCGACCUGAACAACCCGCACAAUCUAACCUGCUGGCAGUCCGAGAACUUCAUCCAGUACCCGCAGAACGUCACACUGACCCUCUCCCUGGGGAAGAAGUUCGAGGUCACUUACGUGAGCCUGCAGUUCUGCUCGCCUCGACCAGAAUCCAUGGUGAUCUACAAGUCCAUGGACUACGGCAAGACGUGGGUGCCCUUCCAGUUCUAUUCGACCCAGUGUAGGAAGAUGUACAACAAACCCAACCGGGCCGUCAUCACUAAGCAGAACGAGCAGGAGGCCAUCUGCACGGACUCCCACACCGACAUGUUCCCGCUGAACGGCGGUCUCAUCGCCUUCAGCACGCUGGACGGAAGACCCUCCGCCCACGACUUCGACAACUCCCCGGUGUUACAGGACUGGGUGACGGCCACUGACAUCCGGGUGACCUUCAGUCGGCUGCACACGUUCGGCGAUGAGAACGAAGACGACUCGGAGCUGGCCCGGGACUCGUACUUCUACGCCGUGUCCGACCUGCAGGUGGGCGGCCGGUGCAAGUGCAAUGGACACGCGUCCCGCUGCGUCAAGGACCGAGACGGAGAGCUGGUGUGCGAGUGCAAACACAACACGGCCGGCCCGGAGUGCGACAGGUGCAAGCCUUUUCACUAUGACCGGCCGUGGCAGAGAGCCACAGCCCGGGAGGCCAACGAGUGUGUCGCCUGCAAUUGUAACCUUCACGCCCGCCGCUGUCGCUUCAACAUGGAGCUGUACAAGCUGUCAGGGAGGAAAAGCGGAGGAGUUUGCCUCAACUGCCGCCACAACACAGCCGGCCGCCAUUGUCACUACUGCAAAGAAGGCUACUACCGAGACCUGUCCAAACCCAUCUCACACAGGAAAGCCUGCAAAGCAUGCGAUUGCCAUCCCGUGGGUGCCGCUGGCAAAACCUGUAACCAAACCACAGGACAAUGUCCCUGUAAAGACGGUGUGACUGGUAUCACGUGCAACCGCUGCGCUAAAGGCUUCCAGCAGAGCCGCUCGCCCAUUGCCCCCUGCAUAAAGAUUCCAGUCACACCUCCUACACCACCAGCUAGCAGUACAGAAGAGCCCUCAGACUGUGACUCUUACUGUAAAGCAUCAAAAGGCAAACUGAAAAUCAACAUGAAGAAGUAUUGCAAAAAGGAUUACGCUGUCCAGGUGCACUUCCUGAAGGCGGACAAGGCCGGUGAGUGGUGGAAGUUCACCGUCAACAUCAUCUCCGUCUACAAGCAAGGCGAGAGCCGCAUCCGCCGCGGGGACCAGUUCCUGUGGGUCCGUGCCAAAGACGUGGCUUGCAAGUGUCCCAAGAUCAAGCCCGGCAAGAAGUACCUGUUGCUGGGCAACGACGAGGACUCCCCCGGUCAGGGCGGCGUGGUGGCGGACAAAGGCAGUUUGGUUAUCCAGUGGAGGGACACGUGGGCACGCAGGCUCAGGAAGUUCCAACAGCGCGAGAAGAAAGGCAAGUGCAAGAAGCCAUAGAUGAUGAUAGAAAAAGACGCAGUGGGGAUCCAAUGGAAAGAUGAGCGGAGCAUUUCAAAAGAACGAAACAGAGACAGAAGACCACACACAGAAGGGACUGUUAACGUUGCUGCUUGUUUUGUUUUUUGUUGAGUAGCAUGAAGAGAAUUAUUUAGGAAUUCUUCUCUAGUGAACUUUUCUCGAAGGAGCUCACCUUGCAGAUUUGGGUCGACCGUUUCUUUUACCUUGACAUCCGUCUCACUUGUGGAUUUGCCGAAUUUGCACCAGUAUAUGUUUGGUUAGUUGUCUGUUUUACGCUCUGUUUAAAACCAUUAUUAUCGUUUAUGUUUUCAUUUUAUUUGUCGGUGCAGAAAUGAAAGGUAAAGCCACUCAAUGACCA